UCGGCUGAGAGUGACGCAUCCUCCCAUCAGCUGUUUUUGUUUUUCUGUGAUGGCAGUGGAAGUUAUUAACACAUAAUAACGGGAUUUCUGAUUGAUGCCAGUGAUUCUAUACGGGGGAUGUUGCGGUUGAUUUUUGUUCUGGUCUAGGUUCAGUACAGCCCACCAUCCGGGUAAUGAGCGCCCUGCGGACGAUCCUUUCCCUGUAGACUGUGGCGCGUGGCGCUUGGAAUCUGGACGCCGAGGAGGAGCGGAGGGCUCCGGCGGGGAUCAGCCCGAGCCAGAGGCCUUCAACCUCUGACAGAGAGACUAUAGAGGACCAACUGGCUCGGAUGGAGAACCAGGAGACGUUACCGGAGGGGCCCGGAGCGCAUCCCCAGUUUAUCUGCGCCUCCUUCAACCAGGACACCACUUCUCUGUCUGUGGGCACAAAAACGGGAUACCGACUCUUCUCUGUCACAACUGUGGACAAACUGGACUGUAUCCAUGAGGGAGUGGAAUGCCCAGAUGUCUAUAUAGUGGAGCGACUGUUCUCCAGCAGUCUGGUUGUUGUGGUCAGUCUUUCCUUGCCCCGUCGAAUGAACGUCUACCACUUCAAGAAGGGUACAGAAAUAUGUAACUACAGCUACUCCAACAACAUCCUCUCGGUCAAGCUGAACAGACAGCGACUCGUCGUGUGCCUGGAAGAGUCCAUCUACAUCCACAAUAUCAGAGACAUGAAAUUACUCAAGACCCUGCUUAACACACCAGUCAACCCAACAGGUCUGUGUGCGCUGUCUGUCAACCACGGUAACUCCUUCCUGGCUUAUCCUGGCAGUGCCACCAUUGGAGAGAUCACACUCUAUGAUGCAAACAACCUGAGCACAGGGACUCUGAUCCAAGCCCACGACAGUCCACUGGCGGCCCUGACGUUCAACGCCUCUGGCACAAAGCUGGCCAGUGCAUCUGAGAAGGGUACUGUAAUCAGAGUUUUCAGCGUUCCAGAGGGUCAAAAGUUGUUUGAGUUUCGGCGAGGGAUGAAAAGAUACGUCAGCAUCAGCUCCUUGGCCUUCAGUGCAGACGCUCAGUUCCUGUGUGCCUCCAGUAACACGGAAACUGUUCAUAUCUUCAAACUGGAACAGCACAGCCCAAGUCAAGAUGAAGAAUCUCCAACCUGGUCAGCAUAUGUAGGAAAAAUGUUCACAGCUGCCAGUACCUACUUGCCCACCCAUGUUUCUGACAUGAUGCAUCAGGAUCGGGCCUUCGCCACUGUACGGCUAAACAUGUUUGGCUUGAAGAACAUCUGUGCCCUAACUACGAUUCAGAAACUUCCACGUCUGCUAGUUGCAUCCUCAGAGGGAUUCCUCUAUAUCUACAAUGUAGAUCCGCAGGAUGGAGGCGAAUGCGUCCUUGUUCAAAAGCACAGGCUCUUUGACUCAGGUGAGGAGCAGGAGGAGGAGAAGGAAGAGGAGAACCAGGAAGAUGGCCCCCAGCAGCAACCAGCGGGCCAAUCCUAUGCUGCCACUGUGGCUCUACCUUCAAUGCCACCCUCAUCCACAACACUCAUGGGCUACUCUGAAGAUGGUGGAGCGCAGAGGGGUGAAGUCAUCCCAGAGCAUGAAUUUGCAGAGGGCCCCGUUUGUCUGGAUGAUGAGAACGAGUUCCCUCCAGUUGGCAACCUGAGUAAUUAAUCAGCAGUUCUGCAAGACCCCCCCCCCUUUAUAAUAAUAAUCAGAUCGACAGUACUGAUUUCAAACAGGAAGAAUUAUAAAAACUAGUACUGAUGACGAUAAACGUUGAAUCCCUGGACCUUCAACAGAAAUUAAUGUUUACCUUGGAUACGGUGUUAAAGGGUGUUACUCUCUGCUUGUUCUUGUGUUCUGUGUUCCUCCCAUUCUGUAGGAUAUAUGGAAAAAAUAUAGUUGGUACAUCUCUCAUUAGGAAUACAUCUACCAAUUUAAAAAGAAAAGAAUACCUAAUAUAAUGCCACACCAAUAGUUAGAAAUGUGUAGUAAUAUGACACAGUAAGAAACCCUGGCAGAAAAUGGACAUUGUUGUAGAUAAAUGCUGUCGAACAAAGCAGACAGUGUUUCAUGAGGUUAAUUAACCCCUUUGAGUUUUUCCUACAUCAUUUCAAUGUGUUCUACAAACGUGUUGCACUUUCUUCAUGACUCUGUUAUAUAUGGUCCAUAUUUCAUGUGUUCGACUGAAUAGAACCUAGAAGUUUACAUUUGAUAUUAAUGCCUUUUAUGCAGCCCCAGCAUAACAAAAAAUAUCUAGGAACUUUACAGCUUUAAAAAACUGAAGUCAUAAAAGCAUUAGUUUCACUUGAA